AGCAACCUAAAGAAAGUCUGCAGGAAUACUUGUACUCUAUCAUCGAAAGUGGUAAGCCAAUAUCCCUCGAUGAAAAGAGUAUAAUCGAGUAUUUCGUGGAGGGUAUACCGGAUAGUCGAGCGAAUAAAAGUGUUUUGUAUCAAACGCGUAGUAUGAAGGAAUUAAAAGAGCAAAUCCGCGUAUAUGAAAGAAUUAAAGGUACAUCCGUUGCAAGUGGUAAAGUUUUCGUUCAGCCGUCAAAUGGAAGUAAAGGUACUGAAGACCAGGUUAAGAAGAGGUGCUACCGUUGUAAUCAAGAAGAUCAUUUAGCUAGAGAGUGCUCCCGAGAGGGAAUAAACAACGUCAUUUGUUUUAAGGGUCUCACAACCGGUUAGCGUGGUGAAAAAUGAGCGGAUUAACACAGUAGAUGAUCAAAACGGUGUAGGGCAAAUUAAAUAUAUUUUCGUGAAUGCGGUGAUUAACGAGAUCACGUUUAGCGCAUUGGUAGAUACGGGAUGCUUCACCAGUAUAUUGAGGUACGUUACGUUUAUGAAGCUGGAAGAAGUUAGUCUUAGAAAAGAGAAACAACGGCUUUAUGGAUUAGGAAAAGGCGAGGUUACAACAAUGGGUAACUUUAUAACAGAGAUGACUGUACAAGGUAUGACAGUGGAAGUCAAGUUUGAGUUAGUAAGAGUGCAUGAUAUACCCUACGCGGCAAUGUUGGGAAACGAUAUACUUAAAGAAGUGGAUUUGGUGUUUAGUAACGGCAGGGUAGGAUUUAGAAAACCUAUUAAGGUUAGGGAAAAGUGUGAAGACACGGGUGCCAAUGAGUUGGCGGUUAAAAGUGUGGGCGAUGAAACUGAAAUCUCAGCGAGUGAGAGGGUUUCUGCCGAGCAAGUGUGCGAAGAUCAGGUUGUUCCGGAAGUGUUAGGGAAAGAAGUUGGAAGGAAAUGUAGUCAAGUGAGCGAUGAAACUGAAAUCUCAGUGAGUGAGAGGGUUUCUGCCGAACAAGCGUGCGGAUAUAAGGUUAGUCCGGGAGUGCCGGGGAAAGAAGUAGAUGCAAAGGAAACGGACAGGGUAUGUCAUGGCAAAGGCUUCAAUGAUAAGAGUGAAUCUAAAUUUUUAGGUGAAAAAGAGAAGCAAUUGGAUAAUGAAUCGAAUAAGGUAGAGUUGUCACAUUUGGAAGAUUCUGACGCAGCGUUCGUCAAAACGUUGAUAAACAAAUAUCAGCCUCAGAAACCGAUGAAUUUGCCAGUUCAAAUGAAGUUAAUUUUGACAAACUGGAGACCAGAGUAUCAACGGCCUCGUCGAGUGUCAUACGAAGAUCAAAGAUACAUAGAUGAUCAAGUUGGGAAAAUGCUUAAAGAGGGGAUUAUUCUAGGUAGCACGUCGGAGUACCAUGGUGUAGUCGAGCUUAGGUCAGAAACGCGGAUGAGACAUGUAGACGCAUUACGUCGCGUAUACUGUUUAAUGAUUGAGGACUCGUUAAAGUUUAGGUCGACGGAAGCUCAACUGCAAGACGAUUGGAUUAGAACAAUAAGGAAAGCGUUAGCGAAUGAAACCUAUGAAAAGUUUUAAAUAAGAAAUGAGUUAGUAUAUUACGAUCCCAUCCAGGAAUUUUUGGUUGUACCCGCGGGCAUGGAAGAGGAGAUUAUAAAGUUAGCACACAGGCAAGGACAUUUUGCGGUUAAGAAUAGAACGGGGAAUUUUAGAUACAGGAUUAACGAAGUAGAAAAAUAGGAGUCCACGAAGGACCUUACAAGACCAUUACAGUUGCAGAAAAUAUGAAAAAAUGGAGUUAGUUAUUCGAGAGCGAAUAACUUGUCAGGACGGCCGAUUGUGGGAUUAGAAUUGAGAUCGUAUUCCAUAGUUUAUCCAAAUUGACAGAUAAGUGGCAACCACUUAUCCGAACGUCAAAUAGUGGAUGC